AUGGGCAAAGGCAACAAGCACGUUCUCAAACCGCCAAAAAUCAAGAACAAGAGCUACUACACGCCCACGAAGGACGAGACGUUCGUAGUGAUCAUUAACCCUCCGAGGGAAGAGCUACCGGACGGACGAGUGGUACUCAAUGUCAAACAUAUACAAACAUGGUUAUCUGCCAUUGCUCAAAGACCGAACGGUGUGGCGAACGAGAUGUACGUUAUCAAGACUCACGAAGAACCCAUCGUAAGACUGGAGAACGUAGAUCUCAAGGCUAUGCCAAUACUCGGACUGCACCGCUGGCGCGAGUUCAUCCGGGACUUGACACCAAAGAGUCCGUUAUGGAACGAGCAGACCGUGAUAGCGGAGUACGACGUCAAGCGCUUCAAUCACCCUAAGAAUAUCCAGUAUCAAAUUAUUGACCUCGCCGAUCCCGAUCUUAAUAUGUACGCGGGCGUGAUACAGCCUUAUCCGCAUCCGCACCCUGUCGAUCUUUCACGGAACGACUUGGGACUCCGCGUCUCUUCAAGAGCUAUGCAGAUAGUCGAUUCGCAGAGCCUACUCAGGAUACCUUCAGGACCAGAUCGACAGAACGGAGACGCCCCCAAAGCGGAACAAGAUCCCAGAAUCACCCAAGACUUCGACGGCAUAGAUCAGGAUGUCAAGGCCUAUAUCAAGUCCGAGGCGAGGGCCGCCGAUCUACGACCCAACCAAGUCUUUGACGACAUAGAUCAAGACAUAAAGUUUGCCCUCAAAAUAGAGGCGAGGGAGGACGCCCGCCGUGACCGCCGCGGUGAGGUUCAGUUUGAUGGCAUUGACGACACGAUCAGGGAGUACGAGGAAUACGAGAGAUCUCGUGCUACCGCGUCUGGCCAGGUUGUACCUGUGCAGGUGACGCGGGAGGCUACAUCUCUCAAACAGGAGGACGCGCCGGUUAAUCAAGAAGAUGUACCCGUCAAGCAGGAGGCCGUUUCAGUCAAGCAGGAAGGCAUUCCACCAAGCGGCGAUGACCCUCGACUUCACCAAGUCUUUGACGGUAUAGAGCAGGAGGUGAAAGCCUUCCAGGCUGCGAACACUUCUGUUUUUGAUAGCUCUCCUGCUGUCCAUUCGACACCACAGGCAGAGUCGAUCGAGGAUGUAAAGCCGUUCGCACCUCGCGAUCUUAAUGUCCACUCCAAUGACUCUUCAGUCCGAGUGAAAGAAGAGGCAGAUACGAGGACUUUCUCGCCGUCGCCCACUGGACUACAACCAAAGGCGGGCCCAGAUGCGCAUUUCGCAAAGCAGGAGGAUCACACACGCUCAACUGGGCUUAGCGGGGCGGGAAAUCAUGGUAGAGGGACCUUCCCUCCGCCCAGUGGAUUUCCCAGGAUCGGUGUUGCGGUCAAACGAGAGCGAGAUGUAGAUGACAUACAAGCGUCUAAGCGGUUCAAGGCAGAAUAUUAA